CGCCAGCCAGCCAGCCAGCCAGCCGCCCGCGACGCCGCCGCCGCGCGCCGUGUGAUCUCAUAGGGACACACCACCUCGCACAACCCUUGUCCACCCUUCCAUCCUUCUCUUGCCCGCGCGCACAGCACCAUCCACCCACCCAGCCACCCCCACGCGCCCAGCUGCGCGUGCGCCAACCCAUUUACGUCUCCUGCAACGUUCUGUUGGAAUCGUCUGUCGCGCCAGGCUCAAACUCUGCGCGCGUCACACACACAACAACCCCGUCUCACUUUUACUCUAGACCCGCCGCGCCAGACUCUUUCAACCAACGCGUAAAACCGAGCCGGGGGCAUGAAGUCACUCCGCCGCUCACUCAAUAACGGCCACCAUCAUCACGGCCACGGCCAUGGCACCGCCGGUCCGAGCGCUCAGCACGCUCCACAAGGCAGCCAAGGCGGUUGGUCCGGCUAUCCCAACAACAACCACAUUGCCGCCGACGACCCCGUUGGAGGGUCGGGCGCCUUCAUCAACCCCAUUGCUCGACCUACCGAAAAGGUCGCACCGCCCCAAAAGGUCAUCAAGGCCCUCAACUCGCACAGGAGCACAAACCCACAGGAGCUGAGCUACCAGAAGGGCGACUUUUGGUAUGUGACGGGCGAGCGCGAAGGAUGGUAUGAAGCCUUAAAUCCCAUUACGGGUUCAAGAGGUUUAGUGCCCAAGAGCGACUUUGAAGAGUUUGCCAAGGGAGGUCGCCAGAAUGCUCCUGGCGCCGGCGGCUCGCAAAGUGGAGAGGGAGGAGGAGGCGGCUCGACUUCACCGACGUCUCCAGUUGCCACCUUAUCGGAUCAUGCCAGGUCAUUGUCUCGCUCGGCAGGCGGCCAGCAGCAGCAGCAGCAGUCGCAAGCCCCGUUUGCGCAAAACGCAGGCCCGGGUUCUCCGACCAUGGGUUUAAACUCGCCAACAAAGAAGAAGACGCAGCCCUUGUACGCCAUUGUUCAAUACGACUUCCAUGCAGAACGCCCCGACGAACUCGAAGCCAAGGCUGGCGAACCCAUCGUGGUCAUUGCGCAGAGCAAUCACGAGUGGUUUGUUGCCAAGCCCAUAGGCAGACUCGGCGGACCAGGCCUCAUCCCCGUCGCAUUCGUCGAGAUCCGCGACCCCAUCUCUGGCAAGCCCAUCGAGGUGUUCCCUUCCACCAUUCCUCAGGUUGAAGAGUGGAAGAAGGCGACAGCAGAGUACAAGGCCGCCGCAAUCCCUCUAGGAAGAUUGGACCUUGCACCAGACCAGCAUGUUACCAACUCGCCGUACGCGGCUGCAGCCCAGGCAGCCGCCCUCGCUCAAGGCGAUUCGCAGACGUCGGAAGCCUCCCACCAGUCCAACGCUCGGUCCGGCUCGCCCUCGAGUGCGACGCGCAGGCAACCAUCACCACCCAUCUCCAACCACACGGCGCGGACGGGCUACCGGCCAGAACAAGAUCAGAUGCUCCCUGCGGGUGAACUCGUUCAGCUUGGUGUCCCAUCGUUCCACAACGAGUCGGGUAAUUACUGGUUCCGUCUCCACUGCACCUUUGUGCCGGACGACCAGACGCAGACGGCUUACACCCUCAUUCUUUACCGCACGUACGAGGACUUCUACGACUUCCAGAUCACGCUUCUCGACACGUUCCCCACAGAGGCCGGUCGCCAGCUGCCAGGCGAGGAGGAUCGGACGCCGCCUCCGCGCAUCUUACCCUACAUGCCCGGCCCUGUGGACGAGCCCAUUGACGACGAGCUGACAGAGUACCGACGCGACGAGCUUGACUCCUAUGUCCGCGCACUGCUCGAUUUGAGAGGCCAUGGCGCCGGGUACAUUCUGCGGCACGAGCUCAUCCGCACCUUCUUCGCGGCCAAGUACGGAGACUACUGCGAGGAAAGCCCAAGAGCAGAUGCCGUCGAGGAGCUCCAGGAGAGACUGGGCGACCUUUCGUUCGAGAGCGGCCCUCCAUCGUCGUCAACGUCGGCUGCCGCUAUCCACCACCUGCCGUUCGGCGCGCGCCAAGGCUCCGACUUGAACGUUGCCAACCAGCAUGACCCAACAGCACCGCUACAGCCAUGGACACAGGGGGUCAGAAACAACUCGCCUCUGCAAGACGAGUACCUCCCCGGUCUCGGAAACGCGCCUGGUACGGGCUCCAACCACGCGCGCAAUGCGAGCACGACGACAGCGUCCACAAAUGCGACUGUCCUUGCGAACCAGCAGCAGUCGAGUUCCAAUCACCAAAACGGAGGCUGGGCAAGCACGUCAGGAUCACACACGGCAGGCAGCAACUCGUUCGGCGCGGCCACCGCCCACAUCCCUCCCCAGCCCAUCGCUGCCCCGGUUGUUGCUCCUCCGCCACCCCAGUUGCCUGCAUCGGUGGUCGCGGCGCCAGCGCCGGCGGCAGCUCCUCGUCCUCCAGGCAAGCCGUCCACCUCGUUUGUCAAGAUCAAGAUCUACGACAGAAAGACGGACGAUCUCAUUGCUCUCCGCGUUCACCCAACAGUCGGGUUUGCCGACCUCCUAGACAAGGUCCGCGCGCGCCUUGGGCCCGAGAUCAAUGUGCUGCAGUACCGCAUUGGCGGAAGCGGCCCAGCGUCGCAGGCACAGAACGCCCCACAGCGACCGAUCCGCGACGACCGCGAGUUGUCCGAGUGGAUCAACACCGAAGAUCAGAAGAUGGUGCUCUAUGCCGAGCAGUAAGGAGUGUGGAAGGAGAGUGACCUGAGAAGAAGAGCCUGGUAACCUGAUAUUGCAUGUGAGAAGGGGCGGGUGUCCGAAGUGCAGGAGGGUACUCGUACGGUGUCUAGCAUUGCUUAGUCGUUUCUUUAUUCCGGAAUGUAUGGAGUGCUCGAGUGCA